CUCCCACCCGUUUUUUUUUUACCUACGUCGUUGUCGGGUUAACCAUAGCCAACUUCACAAACUGUAUACAUACACAAUAAAAUUUAUUGGCGACGACAAGUACAAGCAAAAGCAAGCUCCAAGACGAGCAGCAGCUAGUACACGACGACACUUUUUUUUUUUUGUUGGAGAGUGAGAAGAAAAAAUCGCUAUUAGAAGCGUUUUGUUGAUUAAUAUUUUUCUUCUACACUCGUUCAAUUCCAUUUUGGAAUAACCAAAAACCGUCUAAAUGAUGGCGUUGCCAAUGAACUCUUUAUAUUCGCUUACGUGGGGCGAUUAUGGAAGCUCGCUUGUGUCGGCCAUUCAACUUUUGCGCUGCCAUGGUGAUUUGGUAGACUGCACCUUGGCGGCUGGCGGCCGAAGUUUCCCAGCUCAUAAAAUAGUCUUAUGUGCAGCUAGUCCUUUUCUUUUGGAAUUGCUAAAGAACACCCCAUGUAAACAUCCAGUGGUAAUGCUUGCCGGUGUAAAUGCCAAUGAUCUAGAGGCUCUACUUGAAUUUGUUUAUCGCGGCGAAGUAAGUGUUGAUCACGCUCAGCUGCCAUCAUUGUUGCAGGCAGCACAAUGUCUUAAUAUUCAAGGGCUAGCCCCACAAACAGUUACAAAAGAUGAUUAUACACAUUCAAUUCAAUUGCAACAUAUGAUACCACAACAUGUUAAGACCGUUAUUGAUGUAUGCCAGGAAGAGGACCAAGAACAACUGAUUGCUACUAUAAACACCGCUCCCCAACAGACCGUACAUGCUCAAGUAGUCGAAGACAUUCAACAUCAACAAGGCCCAAUAAUUCAAGAUGUAGGUGAGGUUAAAGAUGCUAUCAACCAAUUCUUGCCAGCCCGUAAAAGGAGACCGCGUGUUAAGAAAAUGUCACCUACUGAAUCAAAAAUUGCAAGGACCGACGGAAUGGAAAGUAUCAUGCCAUCACCAAUAACGACAAAUCAAAAUCAAACACAAACUAUUACCCAGACACAUGAAAAUGGCGAAACUAUUUCAAUGGCAGCAUCGACACCAAUCAAGACAGAAAUUCUCAAGACAAACGAAUCAAUUACCUUCUCGGAUGCUAGUUUAACACCAACAACAACAACAAAUGUAUCGGCUACUUCAACUGGUGAUGGUUCAACAACAAAAAUUGGAAGUGGAAAAGGAAGAUCAAGAUCACAAUCUGAGCAGCCAGCAACUUGUCCCAUAUGCUAUGCAGUUAUACGCCAAUCAAGAAACCUAAGACGCCAUUUAGAACUACGGCAUUUUGCUAAACCUGGAGUCAAAAAAGAACGAAAGGUUGUCCCAGGUGGAACCAAAAAACUACUCACAACAUCAAGCACAGCAAAUUCUAGUACGAAUACAACAACAGUAGUCAGCGGAACUAUACCCCAAGUUCAAACAGUGCAAUCCCUACACACAGUUCAAGCAGUGCAAGUCAAAAAGGAACCCGAUUCCAUCUCAACAGGUGGCAAUCAAGUAUCUGUAGCUGUAAGCACAUCAUCACAGCAACAACAACAACAGCAGCAACAGCAACAACAACAGCAACAGGUCCAAGUACAGCAACAACAACAUCAACAAGUUCACCAUCAAAUAAUUGAUCAAUCGGGUAAUAUAACAACUGCAACUGGCAAUGGACAACCAACAAUUGUGACACAACAAGAGCACACAGAUGGCACAACAUCGUUGUCUAUAGCUCAAGUUCAAACGCUGCAGGGCCAUCAAUUGAUAGGCAAUAUCAAUCAGCAGAAAAAUCAUAACAUUUUGGUUAAAAAGGUUUUUAUUUUAAAAGGCAACAAUAAUACGUAAUGAUGAUCAAAACCAAAUUCGCCCGAUGACAACAGGUUAUAUUUCAUAAACCUGGUGCCGACGGCGGAGACCAAUGCAACCUCGACUAUCACAACAACUGCAGAGCAUCGACAACGGCAACAACAGGGUCAUAAUCAGCAGGUAAUACGACAACAGUUUUACCAUCAUGAGCAACAGCAUCAGCAGUAUGUUGAAGAACAUCAUUUACAACAACAUCAACAUAUUAGCCACCAUCACCAUCAUGUUGUUGAGUCGAGUGAGGUCAUCGAAGAAUCGGACGAACAGCAUUAUCAUGAACUCGAUCAUUAUAAACCGGAAGAGCCAGAUGGGGAAGAGCAUCAUCUGAUUGAAGAAGAACCUCCCCAUGAUGGAAAUGUCGAUCGACCACCUCCUGAUCAUGACCCUCUUGAUGAUGACGAUGAUGACGAGGAGCAAUUCUUUCUCAAAUGAAACAAAGCAAACAAAAAUAUAUACAAAAACAAAAGAAUGAUAUCAAAAAUUGAUCAUAAUGGAUUUUUUUAAAUUUAAUUUUUUUCUAAACUUUAAGUUCAGGUGCUGUAAAUACUUAAUUAAAAUUAGUAAGUAGGUGUAAACAUAAAUUAUUAUGUAAAACAAGAAAAAAAAAUAAACAAAAAAUUAUAAUUAACUUGAUUGUGUAUAAAUGUGUGUCAACUUGUAAGCAAAACUAACUUUUAAUUAUAAAAAACAAACAAAAUCUACAUACAUAAAUAUAUAUUUGUAUUUUUAAAAUGUAAAACAAAUUUAAAAUUUCUAUCUCGAGACAUUUAAGGCAAAAUUUUGUUGUAA